UUUUGCGCACCUCUAAAAGCAAACGGUCUCACUGUAUUUAGGUUGAAAAAAAUAAAAUAAAUAUAAAAUUAAAAGUCAAUUUAGUGCAAUUCCCGGCAAUAAACAAACCGAAUAAUACGAAAAUUGAAGUUAGAGAUAAGACUGUACCCCGCUCCCCAUUACAGUUUACCUAGAACUGAAAGCCAAAAGCCGAAUUUCCAAGCGAAACAAAGGCCCGAAAAAGAAUUAAAAUGUCGGAAAUGCAAAUGGACUGCGCGUUGGACCUGAUGCGACGCCUGCCGCCUCAGCAGAUCGAGAAAAACCUCAUCGAUCUGAUCGAUUUGGCGCCGGAUCUCUGCGAGGACCUGCUCUCGUCCGUGGAUCAACCGCUGAAGAUUGCCAAAGACAAGGAGCAUGGCAAGGACUAUCUGCUGUGCGACUACAACCGCGACGGUGACUCCUAUCGAUCGCCCUGGUCGAACACCUACUACCCGCCGCUGGAGGAUGGACAGAUGCCGUCGGAGCGGCUACGCAAAUUGGAGAUUGAGGCAAACUAUGCCUUUGACCAAUACCGGGAUAUGUACUUCGAGGGCGGCGUCUCGUCAGUGUAUCUGUGGGACUUGGAUCACGGAUUUGCCGCUGUGAUACUGAUCAAGAAGGCCGGCGAUGGCAGCAAGAUGAUCCGCGGCUGCUGGGACUCCAUCCAUGUGGUGGAGGUGCAGGAGAAGACCACUGGCCGGACGGCGCACUAUAAGCUGACCUCCACAGCAAUGUUGUGGCUGCAGACGAACAAACAGGGCUCCGGAACGAUGAACCUGGGUGGUUCCCUGACGCGCCAAACGGAGCAGGACGCCAAUGUCAGUGAGUCGUCGCCGCAUAUUGCCAACAUUGGCAAGAUGGUCGAGGAAAUGGAGAACAAGAUCCGGAAUACGCUCAACGAGAUCUACUUUGGCAAGACCAAGGAUAUCGUGAACGGACUGCGGAGUACGCAGUCGCUGGCCGACCAACGGCAGCAGGCGGCCAUGAAGCAGGACCUGGCCGCGGCCAUUCUGCGGCGCAAUGUCAAGCCCGAAUCGAACUGAACGAAUGCCGAGCACUGAGCGGCCAAGGCUGACGGCGGUAGGUAGCUCUGCAGCGUCCUCGUAAUUCAAUUUCAACAUAAACCAUAAACCAUAUUAAUAUCCCCCAACUAAGCGGGGUCUCUCCUUGGCGGCGUGAAUGGGUGUAAUAACAUGCGAAUUAAAUGCUGCGCUCUAUGCUCUACGAAAUGUUACCCUAGUUGAGAUAAUAUUAGGAUAAUGGUACUCGGACAUGCUUACAAUUCCCUGCUAUUCACACCCUUCAGUCAGGCAAGUCGUGGAGGAGGACUCCGCCUAGGGCGUGGGAAAUUAUGCAGACUAAAAAAUAUUUAAUACGCAUUUCUAGGCAAUAAAUUUGUUAAAUAAGAGAGAAAUUGUUAAACGGAGAAGAAACAUAUUAAUGUCAACCCUGCCCACAUAAAUAUUGUUGCAAUUUAGAGGCGCACGCGCGCUUUAUCUGCAGUUCAGAGUUCAGCCGCAAAGCCAACUUAGCCGCCCUCAAGACAGUAUCCAUAAGUAUUUGUAUCUUAUUUGUAAAAUGAACAACAUAUUUGUACAAAAGUUGUGGCAAAUAUGUUCGUGUUUCAUUAACCUGCAGCCCGUUCUUAAUUCUUCCGCGAAUAAAUAAUGUGUUUAUUAAUUGUGUCUUUUUAUGUGUAUACAUGUGUGUUCUCUAACAAUAAGAGACCGGAGCUCGAAGCAAGAUUACAAACUGAAAUCGCUAUGUAAUUGUAUUAUCUGAGAAAAUGCACAUUACCUUCUAAA